GCAAGCAGCAUUCCGCACUAGUACUGUAAUGGCGAGUGGUUCACGUGUCCUCCUCGCGCGUCGGGCCAUGCAACAGUAUCGAGGGAGAGUACAGUUCGCGCCGGUACAGCGAGGCACGUUCUCCCUGAUGGCAUUCUUGUCCUAUUCCGAUCCAAUUGUUUUUUGAAUCGGAUAAAUAUCCUGUACAGUACGGAGAUUUUUCUUUUUUCACUUCCUUGUCCGGGUCCGCGCUCACGAAGCCUAGUCAGCGUCCGUCCCGGCGACUCCAGAGAGCCAACCUUCGAAGGACGGAGAACCCCUCGCACUGCUGUCUCCUAGCCCAGCCAGAGCUCACCAACCUUACUAGCUGAGGCGGGCCCAUCCCCGCACUGCUGGCGCGUCUAGCGUUUACUGUGAUGCACAGCACUGACUCAGUGCAUUGCGAUAUAGGACCUCUGCAUUGGCAAGUUGGCAACAGCAUGAUGAGCCGCGAGUUGCGACGGAUGACUCAGCGCAGCCCGGGCGACAUGCGAUGUUCGCCUCGCGACAGCGAUGGCUUGUGUUGUGUGGGCCACGGACGGAGGCGUCGCGCACGGCGCUGCACAACUCACUGACUGUCCAACCGAUGGGUGCGUGCGUGUGUGUGCGUGUGCCUGUGCGGUGGGAGCGGGAGCGGGAGGCUGGAGCCCCUACUAGCAGCAGCAGCAGCAGCAGCAGCUGCGCGCAAAAUGAUCCAGAUGGCGCGCUUGUCUCUCCCCUCCGAGAGAACGCCGCCAGGCUUUCGCAUGGGCUCCAGAAAGCAUCGUUCCGCAACUUUUCCGCAGAAAGUUUUUGCGGUUCCUUUCCCCCCAAAGUGCGCCGCUCUCUUUCUCACGCCCGUCGCGGCGUUCUCUCGCGCCCUCUAGCAGCACUAAUGGGACCCAGCCCGUCCCUCCCCGCCCCCCCCCUCUCCUCUCAGCCCCGCGUCAUGACCCCCAGCCCCCAUCGACCCCCUCCGAACGAGUUUCUUCCACCCGCAUUCACUUUCUCUAUGAAUACGGCCGCACUGCGAAUUCACUUUCACUUCUUAGCCGACGUCAUCUUGAGAUUCUGUUCUCCCAAUCCACCCUCCUUGUGUGCUCAAGCCCCGUAGCACGCCUGAAAGCCAUUUCCCGUUUCGCAGACGACUCGUCUCAAAAAAGAGGGGUCCCAAAAGUUCCUUCGCGAAGCGACCUCCAAAGUCGGAGUUGGGAGCGAGAUAGGCCGCCUAGACUCACGACUCUUGACGCGGAGUCGCGCGGCACCUAGCCUACUAGCAUUAGCUGCAGAAUGGCGUCACGUACUACACAUCACGCGCCGCCGUUCUCCCGGCCGAAGCGCUCCCGCGCACACGACGGCGGGGCUCGCGGCGGAAAUCAUCAUCGCUACUUCAAGCUCGGCGCGCCGAGUUCCCGGAGGUCCUUCGAAAUCGAUGGCGGCCGCGGCAGCUGUCAUCGCGAUCCCGACGCGACUGUCAUCAUGGAUGGCGCGAGGUGCAGCCCCUCGACCACUCUCGACUUCCCCGCCUCCCCUUCCGCGUUCCCUUCCGCGGCGAAUCGGAUUCCAUCAGCCUCCCGUUCCGCGGAGCUUUUUUCGGCGUUUCCCUUCGCCUCCGCGUGCCCGCACGAGCCCCAGAUGUCUCCGUUCUUUCCGACGCCCCAAAUGCCCCCUUCCGCGCGGCUGUCGCAUGGCGGGCAUUGUACGGGAAACGGCGGAGAGCCUUCCUUCGCCGUGACGGCGUUUCACUGCGGCUCUCCCGUUGCGGGAGGAGCUAGUAAUACCGCGUCAGGCCACGUGGAGCUUGGGGACUGGCUGAAGGAAGCAGCGGCGAUGAUGCAAACGAGUCAGGUGACGCAAUCGACGCACGUGUCACAUCAGAGGGUGGUGGGGCGGAAUGGGCGGCAGUCGGUGCUGCUGCAGUGGUUCCAUGAUGCUCCUGACGGCCUCGUCGCAUCCUCCUUCCCUGAAUUCAACCGAGUCAACGCAGUCAACGCAGCAAGUGUGGUCAACGUGGUCAAUGAGUUCAACGCUGAAGCUGGGAGCCAUUUUGCCGAGUCGGACAUCAUUGCUGCCAGCCUCAGGUUUCGGGCCUCGGAGUCAGCUCCGGGUUUAGAAUCCAAACCUGCCGCCUCGGUUGAGCCUCAGGUGCCUAAGAUCUGUGCACCUGCCUCAACGGCAGAGGAGAGGGAGACGAAAGCCAGGGAGGUGCAAGCGGGGCAGGUGCAGCUGGGGGAGGUGUUUAAGCGGCCUCUGGAGGACAUUCGGCAGACAUGGGUGGUGCUGAAGCGGGCGAUGGGCAGUGGGCAGUACGGCACGAUCAGGAGAUGCGUGCACCGCCUUACAGGGGAGCACGCCGCCUGCAAGAGCAUCCGGAAAAUGAGCUUCCAGAGCGCUGCUGACGUGGAAGCGGUCCGGAAUGAGGUGGCGUUCAUGUGGCAACUCAUAGGGCAUCCCAACAUCAUUAGGAUUAAGCAGGCUGCGGAGACGCGCAGGCACGUGCACGUGGUGAUGGAGCUCUGUGAGGGGGGAGACCUGUUUGACCUCAUUGCCCGCCAUGGAAGGCUCUCGGAACCUUCUGCUGCGUGCAUCUUCCGAUCACUCAUGCUAGCCCUACACUACUGCCACUCGCACGGCAUCGUGCACCGGGACGUGAAACCAGAAAAUAUCCUUCUAUCGCACCAUGCUACUAACGAGGAUACUGGGACCGCUAGUGCCAAUGGCUGUUACAUCAGGCUGUCUGACUUUGGUACAGCUGCGAGGCACACACCCGGGGUUCCUCUAUCUGACGUGGUGGGUACACCAGAGUACAUGGCUCCUGAGGUGUUGUCUCAGUCAUACGGCAGUGAGUGUGACGUGUGGGGCGCAGGCAUCGUGCUUUUCAUGAUGCUCUGCGGCAGGUUCCCCUUCCUCAGAGACAGCAGCAGCAGCAGCAGCAGCAGCAGCAGUGGUGGCGAUGGUGUGUGGAGGAAGGUGGUGGAGGAGAAGAGGAGGGGGUUCAGCCACAGCUGGAGGUGGCAGGAGCUGUCGUCACCAGCCAAGCAUCUCAUCAUUCGUAUGCUCUCUGCUGACCCCAGGAGCCGCAUCACCGUGCAGGAGAUUCUUGAGCACGAAUGGGUCACUAUCGCUGUUGGAUGCUGAGCGUGAAGAGGUUUCUCUACAUAUUGUAUUUCCGUUGCCUGAAGGGGUUUAGUAUCUUAUUUGUGGAAAGUCAUAACCACACUAAUGCGUAUUUAGCUGAAUGAUUUAACUCUAUAAAUGAUCAAUAUGUUU